AUGGGUGAGGAGAUUAAUUAUUCGGGGUUGCCGCAAAAAUAUUUCGGGCCUUUCGAAGUGGUCAUUCACAAUCGCCCAGAAGAUUGCUGGGUGUCGUUGCUUGGGAAAGUGUUGAAUAUCACUCCAUUGAUUAAAGAGCACGAAUCAGAGGAUUGUGUUAAGCCGUUGUUGGCAUUCGCCGGGAAGGAUAUUAGUGAUUGGUUCGAUCCCCGCGACGGCGACAUUCUGCAUUACGUGCAUCCGGUUUCCGGGUGUCACGAUCCGUACAUCCCGCAUGGCAGGAUCCCGGACGUGGAGGUUCAGGUACCCGCCACCCGGUGGCAGCCGCUAGACCGGAAACCGUGGUGGAAGGACCCCAAGUACGAGGUCGGUUUGCUCACGAAGAAGGUGAGACCUAUAAGGAUUAUCAAUCCACUUUUUGGGUUAGAGGUGCACAUGAACGUGUGCUGCGAGGAUACCGUGCUUAGGAUCAAGGAGAGGUAUUCCAUCUUCAAUUCAGAUGCAAACAUCUACCUCUGGAGAUAUAUGGAUAACGUGUUAAAUGAUGAGCUGACGCUCGAAGAGAACGGCAUCAUCGACGAGACAGACAGGUUCGGAAGCGUGGGGCUGUCGCCGACGUUCUACGUCCCCGCGAUUAUGAUCUUCUACAACGACGAGUUUAGAUGGUUUAAAAACGAAGAUUGCAUUGAAAUGUUGAAGAAUUGAUUACACAAAUACAGACGCGAC